AUGGUGCUGCGCGGCGGGCCGGAGGCGUCGAUGCCGGAGGAGAAGGGGGCUCUGGAGGAGGAGGGGGGCGACGGCGAGGAGGGCGAGGGGGAGGGGGAGGGGGGCGAGUCGGGGGCGGUGGGCUUGGCGGGCGGGAGCAGCCCCUCCUCCUCGGCGGGCGGGCCGGCCUGCUCCCCCUCGCCGGGCUUCUCCCCCCCGGAGGGCGGCUUCGGCUGGGUGGUGGUCCUGGCUGCUACCUGGUGCAACGGCUCCAUCUUCGGGAUCCACAACUCCUUCGGGAUGCUCUACGUCCUCCUCCAGGACGAGCGGAAGGGCGGCGAGGAGAAGGACCCCGCGCUCGAGUACAAGACCGCCUUGGUCGGCUCCAUCGGCAUGGGCAUGGUGUUCCUUUGCUCUCCUGUCGUCAGCAUCUUCACCGACCGGAUCGGAUGCAGGACCACAGCGGCCUCCGGAGCAGCCAUUGCCUUCAUCGGACUCUUCUCCAGCUCCUUCACCAAGUCCCUAGAGGUGCGCUACUUCACCUACGGGGUGCUCUUUGGCUGUGGCAGCUCCUUCGCCUUCCAACCCUCGCUGGUCAUCCUGGGCCACUACUUCAAGCGUCGGUUGGGCCUGGCCAAUGGCCUGGUGACGGCCGGCAGCUGCCUCUUCUCCAUGAGCUUGCCCUUCCUGCUCAAGAUCGUCGGCCAAGCCAUCGGCCUGUCCCACACCUUCCAGGUGCUCAGCGUUCUGAUGCUGGUGCAGAUCUUCUGGUCGCUGACCUUCCGGCCCAUGUUCCCCGCGGCCUCUGACCCCCACGACGUGGACCACCUCAAGCUGGACAGCCGUAGCUGCCGCCAGCAGUGCGCCUCCCAGAUGAGGAAGUACUUCAACAUGAGGGUCUUCCGCAAGAAGACCUACCGGGUCUGGGCUUUUGGCAUCGCCACCGCUGUCCUGGGAUACUUCGUCCCUUACACCUACCUGGUGAGAUGGCCUCUUUGCCCCACGGAGAGGAAAGCCACAGCUGGCGAGAAAGAGUCCGGGCUGAAGAUCUACUUGCAGGUUGCCUCCUUCAUCGUCUUGGGCAUCAUGUGCAUGAUGCUCCCACAGUGCCAAGAGUUCUGGGGUGUCAUUGUCGUCUGCCUCUUCCUUGGACUCUGUGAUGGGCUCUUCAUCACCAUCAUGGCGCCCAUCGCCUUUGAGUUGGUGGGUCCCAUGCAGGCAUCUCAAGCCAUUGGCUAUCUCCUUGGACUUAUGGCCAUUCCAAUGACGGCAGGUCCCCCAAUCGCAGGACUCCUCCGCGACCAUUUUGGGAACUACCACUUCGCCUUCUACUUCGCCGGCAUCCCUCCGAUCAUCGGAGGCCUGGUCCUGGCCCUUGUCCCUCUGAUCCAUCAACGGCAGCUGAAGAAGAAGCGGCUGGACUCUGGGAAGGACAAGAUGUUGGUGUCGGAGACGGUGCUGAACGGGGAGCUCCUUCCCGGCUCUCCCGCGAUGGAGGCGCAUAUCUGAAGCCAUCCUUCUCAAAUCUCCCAAUGCCUUUGGGGCGGACAAACUCUUCUCACCACCAGCAGCACCUUCUGGUACUGGAUGAGCCCAGCCUUUCCUUAUGAGGAGCCGGACCUCUUUGAUCGUCGCUGGGGAACAGCGAGUGCCCGGUCGGUAAAGGAUAGGCAACUUGGACUGGAAAGCUUGCUUUCGAGUUGAUUUGGAGAUUUGUACUUUUCCUCCAGCAGUAAGACAUUUUGAUAGCACUCUAAUAGUUGGAUUAUAUUUCCUGCCAUGAUUUUAUUAAUGGACACAAAACAAGCAGAUAAUCCUUAGCUGGCUACUUAAAGGUCUUUCGUAGAGAUUGUAUCGGUUCUCUUGGGGUUCCCCUUUCUGUCCCCAGGAGAAAAAUAUAUAAGUCAGUGUAGAUAUUAUUGCCUUGCAAGAGCAACUACUUUGCAAGUUGGUUUUGUAGCAGCCAAAUUCUCAGUAUUUGUUUUGAAACGCUCACGGAGGGACGGGCGAAAGAAAAAGAGCCGAAAGGGUGAAUUCGGAAUCGGUUUUUGCCCCUUUACGACGUGUUUCUUUUUCUUCUUUUCCCCCCUCCUGACUUCCUUUGGAUUUUUAUUUCUUUGCCUCUAAAACUGUGAUGAGUUACUUGGUUUUUUUUCUUCCAAAUGCCAAGCUGCCAUGUAUUGUGAUUUCUGUACCUUUGUCUGUUCAAUGUAUCUCAAAAGACAAACCGACCUCCUUCUUCCCAA